CAGACGCCGCCCUCCCGCAGCCCAGGUCCCUCCCCACCUAGGCGACCUUCGGGUGGGGCUGAGACUGGCGGCCAGGAGCGGCAGAGGCUGCGGAGGAACGGGAUGUGGGCGCCCGGCGGACACCCGGGGCCCGCGGGCUGGGACCGCCGCCGCGGGGGCGCGAGGCUGCGCGCGGCGCUGGCUGGUCUGCAAGAACUACAGGGGCUGCGCGCCACGCAGGAGAGGCGCGUGCGGGGCGCCCUAGCACUGCUGUCCCCGCCCGGGCCCGCCGGAGCCCGGGGCGGCGAGGGGAGGCUGGAGGCCACGCUGGCGGCGCUGCGGGAGCAACUGUCCUGGUUACGGCAGCAGGAUGCUGGCCUCAAGACUCAUCUGGACCAGCUGGACCUGCAGAUAAGCGAACUGCAGCUGGGCAUGUGCAGAGCCUCAAACGAAGGCCCAGACAGCGACAGCAGGCCUAGCUCAGGAUUCUAUGAGCUGAGCGAUGCAGGUUCCUGCUCCCUGUCCACCUCCUGUGCCUCUGUAUGCAGUGACCGGCUCUCCCCAUCCCUGAGCAGUCUGCUGCCUGCCUCCCAUCCUUCCAAGUCCAGGUCUGGUGUGGGCAACUGCCGGCCGCGGUCUGCUGAUGAGAACACCGUGCCCGCGUGGAGACCCCAGCCCGCCAAAGAGGGAAGCAGUUUCCUGGACAGUGCAGCAGGCACGGGCCGAGCCCAGGACGUGUUCCGGCCCAGGCCAGUUUCCACAGGUGACCUUGAGAGGGUCCUUCCAGUGGACGUGGGGCUCCAGAGUCUGGGUGCAGAUGCCACGCCCACCUCCCUCCUCUGCCAGGGGACAGACCCCCCGGCCCACGUGCUGGACCCCACCUACCAGCAUGACCUCGUGUCCAGGGGAGGCCGGGAAGUGUACCCAUACCCCAGUCCAUUGCAUGCCGUGGCCCUGCAGAGCCCCCUGUUCACCCUGGCCAAGGAGACCCCCUGGCCCCACAGCCACUCACCCCCCAGGGAUCAGAGCACAGCCCUGGCAGUGCCAGUCUGUGAAGAGGGCCGAGCUGGAGCCUACAUCGAUAGGCUGCUGCGUCUGCGGGCCCUAGGGCCCUCCCCAAGGGAUGUCUUGGGGGAACAGGGACCCCUGAGAAACGAAGCAUCUCCCUUCCCACAGAAGGCGGGUGACCAGAAACAGGGCAGUGGCGGGCAGCCAGAGAAGCUGGUGUGUGCCCGAGGGAGAAGGAACACGGGAGUAAUGGCUCAGAGCCUGGCUGUACAGGGAGAUGGCCUCAGGCAGCAGGGACCCACACCCCUCAGGGAUACCCCAGCCCCCAGCACCCCCCCAGAGGAGGGGCCCAGACCCUCAAAUCCCCGUAACCUUGGAGAGACAGCUGUGGGCCUUGCUCCCUGCCCCCAGGCGUGGCAGCUCCAUAACAACUGCAGCCUGGCCACCCCCAGGAGGCUGGGGUGUGAGAGACCCCUGCAAGCUCUUGGGUGCUCUGUGCAUCUGCCCCGUGCUGCUGAAGCCCCGAUGUCCAGGCUGAGGACAGCACCCGCUAAGACCAGGGCUGUGAAGAUCAGGAGGAGGGCCAGUGACGAGGUGCCUGGGUCUGGAAGGCAGCCACUGCCCCACCCCGAGAGUCCCCAGGGUGUCCACGGGGGCCCCUGGCUGCCCCCUGAGAGGGGUCUGUGGCACAGGCCCCAAGGGCGCGGGCCCCAGAAGAGGCCCUCCCUGGCUGGGGAGGCCCCUGGCCGAUCCUGCUCAGAGUCUACUCUCUACCCCAUACCCUUCCUCAUCCCCCUGGUGGUGGCCCAGCAGCACAGUUGCCAGGCAUCGGCUUCAUCCAGGGCCCUGUUCCCUGCUGAAGCGAACCCCCUCAGCGCAGCUGCCAGGAGGAAGCAGCGCCCCUGGAAGUCCAGCGUGGAGAUCUCCGGCAAGCUGGGCUCAGCCAGCUGUGCCGAUCCUCCCACACACACAGUCAGGAAGGCAGAGGACCCACCAGCCCGGGACAGGCCCUUGCUGGCCCGUCAGGAGGCCGAGAUCGAAUCCGACCUCUCCGAGCACUCAGCUGAGUGCACCUCACUCUUCCACUCCACCAUUGCUGAGACCAGUGAGGAGGAGGCCAGCGACCACACCACCAACCGCUUCGGGGACCAGGAGUCCAGCAGCAGUGACUCGGAAGGCGGCAUCCAGGGCAAGGGCAGCAGCCUGGAGCUGGACCAGGUGGUGGCCGGGCGGAGGGAGCAGCCCCCACAGGCCCCAGCAGGCUCCAGGCCAACUCUGCCACCUGUGCCCAAACUGUGCCGCAUCAAGGCCUCCAGGGCUCUGAAGAAGAAGAUCCGCAGGUUCCAGCCAGCAGCACUGAAGGUCAUGACCAUGGUGUGAGGCAUCCGGGCACUGGGCAUGGGGCCUGCCCCGCCAGUGAGACCUGCCAGCUUCCUUUAGCUUCUGCAGCUCAUCUUACAGGCUCUGGCCCUGGGAUGUGGUGGGCAGCUGCAUGGGGGAUUUUUCUCUCCCCAGAAGAGAUAUGAAGAGGUCUUUGAUCUUUUGGAUUGUGUAAUCCACCCAGCACCAAGCUUCCACUUCAGCUGGGGGUGUGGGGCGGGGGGCAGGUUUAGGGGGGCACCUUGGUUCCUGAUAUUGUUAAGCCAUUUCUCCCCAAAGCAUUGUCUUAGUGAUACCGCUGGCUGCUGGAAACUGGAUUGAAUUCGAACUCCAUGUUAAGUUCUCAGUGUGAAUAAACACCCAAAUUAUG